CCGAAGAGAAAACCUAAUUAUCAGCAGUUUUCUUAUCUUCCGCUCUCUUUCCGUAUCAAAAUCCUAUAUAUACUCGGUUUCUCUGCUCUGUACGAUCAGUUAUAAAACUAAUUUCACCUCAACAAGAUGACAAAAUUGGUGCUGUAUGGUUUGGAUGCAAGUCCGCCAGUUCGUACCGUGAAAUUGACUUUGGCUGCUUUGGAACUGCCCUACGAAUUCGUGGAGGUGAACACUCGGGCCAAGGAGAACCUCUCCGAGGAGUUUCUGAAGAAGAACCCCCAGCACACGGUGCCCACCUUGGAGGACGACGGACACUACAUAUGGGACUCCCACGCGAUCAUUGCCUAUCUGGUGUCGAAAUACGGCAAGAAUGACAGCCUCUACCCGAAGGAUCUCCUCCAGCGAGCUGUGGUGGAUCAGCGUUUGCAUUUCGAGUCCGGAGUGAUGUUUGCCAAUGGCCUUAGGAGCAUAGUCAGGCCACUUUUUGCCGGCAAAACAGAUUUUUCCAAAGAGCGUUACGAUGCGAUCAUAGAGGUCUAUGACUUUCUAGAGACCUUUCUUGCUGGCAACGAAUACAUUGCUGGAUCCCAGCUGACCAUUGCUGACUUUAGCAUCGUCUCGACUACGACCUCCUUGGAUUCCUUGGUAAAGUUGGACUCAGCCAAAUACCCCAAGGUCAGUGCCUGGAUCAAGCGACUUCAGAAACUUCCCUACUACGAGGAAGCCAACGGCAAAGGAGCCAAAAUCUUGGAGGGCUUCAUCAAGAAUAUUGACUUCGAAUUCGUAUCAUAGAACAUUUCUUAAUUUUCUCCUGCGAACUAUUAACUUCUACUAACUAGAAAUUAAAAUAUAAAUAAUAAAUUCUAAAAUCAUAUUACAAUAACUUAACAGUUGUGAAAAUAAACCUAAUUUAAAUUUUAAUCCAUUAAAACAAAUAUUCAAAAUAUUGUAAGCAAAGGUAAAAUUAUAAAGAACUUUUUUAUUACCAACAAUCAAGAAAAUCUAUAUUAACAAAUAAAUAUACGAUUUUGAAAGAGAA